AUGAACUCCACUAAAGACUUGAAGGAACUGCUCAGUUGCCUCUUGUUAGUUGCAGCCGUGAGUUACGUCACUGACUUGCAAUUUUAUGGAGGAGUCUGUGUAGCCAUCCAAUGGCUGUCAGCAAUGUACGGUAUCCCCAACCAAACCGAACGGUACUUUGACCUCACGGGUUCUACUACCUACGCGAUCGUCUCCAUGCUCGCUUACCACGAGAAAGAGACGCCUUCAUGGCGCGAUAGUCUACUCACGGCAUUUGUGUGGCUCUGGUGUGUACGGUUGGGAUCGUUCCUGUACCUGCGCAUAUGUGAGUGCGGGAGCGACAAGCGCUUCGCUGAGAUCAUUGUCAACCCAUUGUGUUUUCUGACAGCCUGGAACAUCCAGGGCCUUUGGGUCUUUUUCACACUUCUUUCGGUGCUACUUAGUAUCACACACGGAGUCGAUGUCCCAGAGGUCAAGCCGCUCGAUAUCAUUGGUACAACGCUGUGGGUUCUCGGCUACCUUAUCGAAGUGACGGCUGACUACCAAAAGACCCAAUUCCGCCUUGACAAGCGCAAUGAGGGCCAGUUCAUUUCGAACGGACUGUGGAGUUACAGCCGUCACCCAAAUUACUUCGGCGAGAUCAUGAUGUGGACCGGCGUCUUCUUGGUGGCGGUGCAUACACUACCGAGCUUCGCGCUGCAGUGUGGCGCUGCCGUGAGUCCGGCGUUCAUGGCGUUUCUCAUCAUGUUUCGCUCGGGUGUUACCCUCCUUGAAGAAGCUGCGGACAAGCGCUGGGGGCAUUUGAAAGCCUAUCAAGCGUACAAGUCACAGACGAGCGUGCUGAUUCCGAUGCCUGGACGUUAA